AUGGUAGAACUGCAAAAUGGUUUCAAAGUGAAGUGUGUGAGAAGUGAUAAAGGAGGUGAAUUCACAUCUAGUGAAUUCAAAAAAUUAUGUGAAGAAUGUGGCAUUCAAAGACAACUAACCACAUCCUAUACUCCACAACAAAAUGGAGUGGUGGAGAGGAAAAAUAGAACUGUGGUGGAAAUGGCCAAGGCAAUGCUUCAUGAGAAGAAUAUGCCUUACUCUCUAUGGGCAGAAGCUGUUCACACAGUUGUGUAUCUCCUAAAUCGUUCACCCACCAAGGCACUAGAAAAUAUCACUCCAUUUGAAGCAUAUAGUGGUAGAAAACCAGGUAUUAGUCAUCUCAAAGUGUUUGGAUCACUUUGUUAUGUACAUGUACCAACAGAAACAAGGCAGAAACUAGAUGCUAAGAGUGUCAAAAGGGUUUUUGUUGGAUAUGCUGUUUGUGAAAAGGGGUACAGGGUAUUUGAUCCUUUCACUAAGAAGUUGAUUUUGUCAAGAGAUGUUGUGUUUGAUGAAAGUAUGACUUGGAACUGGAAAGCACAGAUAGAAAUACCUACUGCAGUGACAAAUACUCAAGAUCAAUCUAAAACUGAGAUUGAUUCCAGUCUACAUGAAGUAACAGAAGUAGACAACAAUUGUGCUAGUCCUUGCAGCUCUUCUCAAGCUAAAGAACAAGAGAGAAAUAUCCAUGAAACUGCUGAGAUCACUAAACCUUAUGAUCAUACACUAGUCAAGUGGAGAAGCAUAAAUGAUAUUCUGGCACAAUGCAAUCUCUGCAUUGUAGAGCCAGAGAAGUAUGAAGAAGCUGCACAGGAUCAGUCAUGGAUAAAAACAAUGGAGGAUGAACUAUCUAUGAUUGAGAAAAAUGGAACUUGGGAACUUGUGAACAAACCAAGUGACAAACAAGUUAUUGGAGUGAAAUGGGUGUUCAAGACCAAACUAAAUCUAGAUGGUUCAGUGCAAAAGAACAAGGCAAGAUUGGUUGCUAAGGGAUAUGUGCAGAAACCAGGAAUUGACUAUAAUGAAACUUUUGCUCCAGUUGUUAGAUUGGACACAAUCAGGACCUUAAUUGCUCUUGCUGCACAAAAGGGCUGGAAGUUAUAUCAACUAGAUGUCAAGUCAGCAUUCUUAAAUGGAAAGCUGCAAGAAGAAGUGUAUGUUGAGCAACCUGAGGGAUUUGUGGUUCAAGGCAAAGAAGAUAAAGUUUAUAGACUGCACAAGGCUCUUUAUAGGUUAAAACAGGCACCUAGAGCCUGGUAUGGAGAAAUUGACAGAUACUUUGCUGAGUGUGGGUUUGAGAAAAGCUUGAGUGAAGCCACUUUUUAUACCAAGACAAGGGGAGAAAAUGAUAUACUAAUUGUAUCCAUCUAUGUGGAUGAUAUAAUGUACACAGGAAGCAAUCAAGGAAUGUUGAAUAAGUUCAAGAAAGACAUGAAAGAGAAGUAUGAAAUGACGGACUUGGGACUUCUCCAUCACUUUCUAAGAAUGAGGGUGAUUCAGACAGAUUCAAGCAUCUUUAUUCACGAAAGGAAGUAUGCAUCUUCUUUGUUGAAUAAAUUUGGCUUAACUGACUGUAAGCCUGUGUCUACUCCUCUUGUAGCCACAGAAAAGUUGAUCAAGGAUGAUGGAAAUGGUGCUGCUGAUGAAGAGAAUUAUAGAAAGCUUGAAGGAAGCUUACUGUACCUUACUACUACAAGACCAGAUGUGAUGUAUGCUACAAGUUUGCUAGCUAGAUAUUUGCAUGGUCCUUCUAAUAAGCACUAUGGAACAGCUAAGAGGGUGCUAAGGUAUGUUAAAGGAACAUUAGACUAUGGUUUGAUGUAUGAGAAAGGCAAGAAGGCAGUGUUGGUUGGAUACUGUGACAGUGAUUGGGGAGGCUCUAUUGAAGAUAGCAAAAGUACAUAUGGCUAUGCAUUCUCAUUUGGAAAUGGAGUCUUUUCAUGGGCUUCUGUCAAGCAAAGUUGUGUUGCUCUCUCAACUGCAGAAGUAGAAUAUGUUAGUGCUUCAGAAGCUACAACUCAAGCUAUAUGGCUUAGGUUUGUCUUGGAGGAUUUUGGUGAACUACAAACAGAAGCUACUCCUCUGAAAUGUGACAACACAUCUGCAAUCUCAAUCACAAAGAAUCCAAUUUUGCAUCAAAGGACAAAGCACAUUGACAGGAGGUAUCAUUUCAUUAAGGAUGCUCUAUAA